GCAGCAACGCGCAGGAACCUUAGCAAAGAAACAGUAUUUGUUUAUGUCUGAGCACCUCGCCUGUUUCUGAGGAACUUGCCCCCUGUCCAUGAGGUGUUUUUUUUCUCUUUGUUUAUUUGAUUUAGGGACAGACACAUAGACGUGGCGAGUUCUGUAUUGUUUGUUCUCGGAAGGUGUUAGGAUGGUAUGAAGGGAACCCUCAACACUUUGAACGAACUCUGAUUUUAACUUUGUCUUGCUGGUGAAUCAUUAACCCGACUCGCUGUUGUGUGAGGCAGGAAUCCCUUCCGCUCCCACUGCCGAAUUGCCAGCGAUCUUAUCCCCUUUCUCUCGGUUUGGGAAUUGCUGAGCCGCUGGUCGUUAAAUUGGUUCAUCCAAAGAAAUCAGAUGCAUCUUUGAAGUCUCAUUUGGAAAGGAUGCAGAUCAGAUUGUUGAACAGCAGUUGAAGGAUGGAUGGAUUGGAUCAAACAGAAGCCACCUCGAGUCCCUUCUCUCCUGACAGGCUCACCAGCCACAUAGAUCAGUUCAACCACCAGCGUGGCAAAGGGGACUCUGGUUAUAGUUCCUUCUCUACUUCGUUCAACACUCCAGAGUACUUGUCUCUAGCUCAUUGCAGUGAGAGUCCCAGGCAAUCAAGAAAUGUGUUCUAUCAGGGUCCUGAUUCAGAGGCAUUGCAACAUACUGACACAGUAGUCCGUGAUGCUGGUGUUAUGGGCAAUGAAGAGAGACCUGUGUUCCCAUCAAUGGAUAACUCUAAUAGAAGUAGUAAUGAUAGGAGGUUUAAUUCGUCAAAUCCACCUCCUCCACCAAUGCGCCUUGAUAGUUUCCUAGUUACAAAACAGCAUGAUGGUCUUGGCAACAAUUACAGCUACGAUGGGCCUUGCCCCCCGAAUGUGACCGAGAGGUCAUCACUAACGGAGAGCAAGACACAGGGGAUGACUAUCGCAAAUUACCACCAAUCUGAGGUGACCACAAACCUGCCUCCUGAUAGAGUUCCUUCUAAUCUUGGACAAACCCAGUCUCCUUGGUGUACUCCAACUUCAAAUUUGGCUGGUUUUGUGCCAGAAAAACAUAGUCACUCACUUGAAGGUGCUGUCAAUUUGCCUUCCAAAAGGACCGAUAAGGCAUCUCAAAACAACUCAAAUGAUUCAACUCCUUCCUUUGCCCAUCACAGCUUUGGUGUCACACUUGACUGUACAGAAUCGCAGCAACAAAUGUACAAUCUCCCAUUGGCGCACAGAAUUAAACCACAUCCUGUUAGGCAGCAGCACCUCGAUCUGUCACCUGUAGUAAAUCUUAGUAGUGCUAGUGAAAGUAAUCAAAUUACAGUGCCGUAUUGUUACACCAGCAGUGCACGUACAGAAACAUCCACAAGAGAGUCCUCGCCAGCUGAAGGCAUUUCAGGGCCUAUCCAGGCAAAGGGCUUUGACAACACUGUGGAAGCAUAUAAAUCUGAGGUACAUUCUAAGCUUCAUGGAACUAGAGAUUGCAAAGGUAGAAAGGAAUCAUUGGAUCAGUUGAAUACCAGCCAUUUAGUUCUUUCAUCACCUGACACAGAUUUGCAACCCACAUGUGGAAAAUUUGAAGUUAGAAGGCAUAACAACACCAGCAGCAGUCAAAUCUUCUACUGUGGACCCAGUGAAAAUUCUCACAACCCUAAACUACAUCCUACAGUGCCUGAGUCAACAACGCAGAGCAAGUACAAAAACCAAAGGCAAGUGAGAAAUAGCAUAGACAGUGCAGGAUCUCCAGUACUUCCACAUUCAGAGACAAGAAUUGACCACAACGUUUUAGCAAACCAAUCGUCUAGGCCUGCAAGACAGGUAUGUACAGAAGGUGUAAUCACUGCUGAAAAUACUCCAAUGUUGCAUCGUCUUACCUUUGAAAGUGCAAAUAUUGCUAAAAAUGCAGCAGUGAAUGCUAAUCAGAAAAGACAAUACAGUGAGGAGCCAAAAGAGGCAUAUAAUCAGAGAGACAGAAACCAAGACAUGCGCAGGGGUGUCCAGAACAAACAGGAUCAGUUUCACAAGUGCAAGAGUUCUUUGCAGCUCUUAGACGAGUCUAACAAACUUAACCAAUUGACUGAAGAAUGUCCAGACACCUUUGGAUCGCCAACGGAUUCUUCUAAAAUUGCUUAUAGAGAUCAAGUAAAGCAUGCCCAGACUAUGGUCCUGAAGGAGACCUCCUUUAAACGUAGAGAUCUUCAGUUUAGUUGGCCAAACCGGGCUAAGCAGAAGCCCACUGAGAGGCCAAGCAUCACACACUUUCAAACAAUUUCGUUGACAGACCCAAGGCAUUUCCUCGAUGAUCCAACAACCACAAUGCCACCAACACAAGUAUUACAUGAGGACCUACCAGCUAAAGCUUUGGCUUCUGAGCAUCAGGCUGCUCGUAUAGGGAACAGGAAAAAACUGACAUCUCAAGAGAAAAAGAUCUAUCAUUCAGUACCUGAAAAAAUAAAUCAAUUGGGUGUGCCAAAUAGUUCAAGAAAAUGCUCUCCUUCAUCAGAGCAGGACAGUAAUUUCCCAAACCCACAUGAAGAGAGAAGCAUUGUAUCUUCCAGGCAACAACUGUUUGAAACAACUUCCUUGGCAGCAAAUACACCUGUGGCGUUAAAGCAGAUUCAGCACAAGGCCUUAGUUGAGUACAUGGAUCGCAAGAAAAGUCAGAGACCCUGUGGCAUAGAACCCAUAUGUGAACAAACCCAAAUGACAAGGUCCAUUGCACACUGGAGAUUAUCAGAGUGGAGUUCCAAUGCAUGUCCCAACCUCAGCUCUGCCAAAGGGCAGAACUCAUCAUGGGAUGAUUCCUUGGCAAUGCCAGCUGCCUGCACUAACGUGUCUCUCAACAGCCAGUUAGGCCAGCCAUUUGAAAACCACUACUUUCAAAAGCAGGCAGAUGACAUUAUUAUGUCUGGACCGUUUGCCUCCACUGAUAAUUUGCCGGACCAACCAAAGUCCGUUCGUUCUGUUGGGCGCCCAAGAUCAAAGUCAUCCCCAUUAUCCUCACAGAAGGAUUUGCCUCCUGGUCUAAGCCCAGAACCAUUGGUACAAAUGCGUAAUAGCAACACCAAUUCCAGAUCUGCUUCUGGUAAAAUCAUUUCUGUAACUGAUCGGACGACUUAUUCAAAAUGUCAUGAAAAUAAGCGUAAAAACAUGGCACCCAGCAAAGGCAUACUUGCAAGACAAAGAGGAAUGUCGUUGGAUGAAUUCCAGAUGUCAAGAGUUGAAAGUCCCCCAUUACUGAACAGAAGUUCUGACCAACUCCACCAAUCCGUGAUUGACAAUGAACUAGAAUCCCAAACUGGAAAUAUGGGACCUCCAGAAAGAUCCAGUGGAACUCCAAGUAACUGGAAUAAGGCGGCGCUGACAUUGAAACAAGAACCCCCAGCACUAAUGAGAUUGCCUUCCCCCAAACAAGAUGGGAUUAAAUUGAAGCAGGAGGGUAUUAAGUUAGGAUCUAACCAGGUUUCAGCUGUCACUGUCUUUGAGACAGAUUCUAAAGUGACCAAGGCUCAUGCAGGUUCUUCUGCAGAAUCUCCAUCUUCUACAUCCCCAUCUCCACAUUCCAGGCUGCAAUCUCCACGAAGGAAUUCAAGAGAUCGGGCGCAUUCCCUUUCAUCCCUGUCUUCCUCGAGAGAUAAUGUGUUUCUUGAGGAUUCUUCUGUAAUAUCAGAAAACAGUAAGACAGAUCCUUGUUCAGCAUCUGAAAACUUUUCUGUUCAAUUCAGUAUCACUCAACAGCAUCGGACAAAAAGGUUUGAAUCUUCACCCAUGGAAAUGGCAACAAAUAAAGAAACUAAAUUGAUUACACAAUCGGCCAGAGAAAAUGGUGAGGAAAAUCAUAACAGGUACAUGUCAACGGGAUCAGGACUUUCAUCAAACUGUUCAGACCUCAUUGUUGAAAGACCUAUGUCAACCUCCGUGGCACAAGUUGCAAAGUCUGCUGAGGACAAAAGUGAGACCAAUCAGCCAUUUCCAGUGAAGGACCAUCAAGACAAUAGAGAAGAGCCAUCUCCACAGCUUUCAAAAGAUCCGGGGACAAGGGUGAAGACAAAGACUCCUGAAGACCUCAGAAUCGAGGAGCUUAUAAAGGAAAUUAUAAAUGAAAAUCAUUCGCUAGCAGAUGUGCUCGAUCCCAACCCUACAAGGAAAACUAUAAUGGAUCUUGUGACAGAGUUGUUUCAAAAGGACACUUUGGUGCUUGAGGCUUGUCAGAGGAGACAGCAAAUGUACAGUCCGGGAAUGGAGAAGGAAACCAAGAAUAAAGACAAGCAACAUAAUCCACACCCAUUUCUAACAAACACAAAUUUUCAAUCUGAAAUAUCAAUGAAAAUCAUUCAAAAACAAGAAAGCACCAAGGGUGAAAUGGAGUGUCAAAGUGAUGUGACAGAGAAGAAGAAGGAGUUAAUUAACACCAUUAAAUGUAAACUUCAAAAGCUUCAGGAAGUUAAAGCUGACUUAAAUGCGGAUAUCAAAAGAAAUAGCACACUUGGUGAUGACAUCCAGGCCUGGGUGAAUGAAGUCUGCACGCCUAAUGAAGUCCAGAAAUACAACACAUUCAUUGAGGAUCUGGACAAGGUGAUGAACUUGCUGCUGUGUCUAUCUAGCCGUCUGGUGCGAGUGGAAAGUGCCCUGAGUAAAGUCAGUGAAGCCACUGACGUGGAAGAGAAGAAAUCAUUGAAUGAAAGGCACCGGACACUCUCUCGCCAGCAUGAAGAUGCCAGAGGACUGAAGGAACAUCAAGACCACCGGGAACGAGUGAUCUUCAGUAUCCUAACAAACUACCUCGCUAAGGAACAGCUUCAGCACUGUGAAUAUUUUGUCCAAAUGAGAAAAGCUUUACUAAUCAAACAAAAAGAACUUGAAGAGGAUCUCAAAUUAACUGAGGAGCAACUUGAACUUUUUGAAAACAUUCUUCAGAUAUGAUUUCAUUUUAUGAAACUGAUUAUUAGGUUCCCAAAAUUACUCCCAUUAAUGUUGAAAAGUGAUUUAGAAAUCCAGCUUACAAAGUAGGUUAAAGCAAUUCAUUCCAAAACUAGCAAAUGUUUACUGUACUCUUAUUGUUUCCACGUGAAAUAACUGAAAUGGACAAUUAAAUAUAAAUGAAUUGGGGCUACACUGUAAAAUUAGAGCCAGCAGAUAGCAGAUUAUUAGUUGUUGAUAACUAACUGAAAGCUUUUGUCUAUCAUUUUGAAAUCAUGAACCACAACAGCCCAGAUUUUGCAGUCAGUGUCAAAGCAUUGGAACUUAUCAUCACACUCAAAGUAAGUUCACAAAGAUCCAUUGAUCUCUGCAAUGUGGCUUUCAUUUCUGGGCAUCAGUUUGAGUCUGCUGCCAAGUCAAGAGCACAUUCGGAUGUCCAUCAAUGUUGGUAUUAUUAAGUUGGACCAUCUAAUCACAUUGAAGAACUCUCACACACAGCAAACCAGGAAAUCAAAUGCACUCAUCAUACUUAAUUUUGACUGUCAUAUUGCGGAGUAAAAUAAUAAUUUUGGAUCAAGAUUAUAUAUUAAUGUACAACUAUCA